UAUUGCAUCGUGACUCUGUAUGUUUGGCAAUAACAUGAUUAUACGAUCACACUAAGGGCUAAGUUUGAAAGCUGAUAUCUCCGAGAAGGCACUGCGAACAAAGACAAAACUUGAAAAUCCGUGGGAGAAAAUGUGAGAAAAUUUCUUUUGAGAAUUUUAAUGAAAACCUCGAGAGAAGUCUUACAAAAGUCAUGCUAAGAGAUCCUUUGUAUCAACCCAGUGGAAGUUUGGGAGAUAUUGGGCUAUAAGGAACUCUGACUGGACCAAGAGAAACGUCAAAAACAAUCGUUGACUAUUGGCAAAAGUUGCAUGGGAGAAAACAGUCUGAGAGCAAAUAUUUCUUGUUUUUCGUGGACAUAUAAAAAAACCGAUUUGGAAUGACCGAACGUUUAGGAGCGAUAAAUUAUUGUUGCAAAAUCAAAUCGGAAAUUCGUAAAGCAAAAAUUCUGAGAGUGUUUUCAAAAAGACUGGAGCUACACUUGUCUCAGAUGAUCUAGAGCUCUUUGGGUGGGGCGUAACAGAAAUUAAAGAAUUCAAUAAAAUUUCUCGAAUAUACAUUUGUUUUUCAUUGCCCGACAGAACUUAUAACUGGUUUAUUGGGUAAAUAUAUGAUAAAUAAAGAGGUAUAAUGGCAAAUCAUGCUGUGGGCGAAAGGCAUUGGAGCAGUAACAGGAGUUAUGAAAAUCACCGAAGUCAUUCCCUUGCUUCAACGUAACUGCGCCGUCCGGCGUCACGUUUAUAAUUUCCAGUCGCCAAAGCUCUUUAUGUCCUAUCUAUGGUGCUCAAAGUUCUCUUUGUUAAAUGUUUAAAGUCUUACGUCGUGUAUAUCAUAUAUAAUUGGAGUCGGCGAAAACACAGACAAACUAUUCUUCUGGAACUCACGCGUUGAUACAACUUUCGUCCCGGGAACGAACUGAUAGAGAUCUAUUUGAAAGUAAUCGGCCGACGACAAAAGGACUUUAGAGAGCGACGUUGAAAGACUUUUACAUUCGAAAGAGAGGCAAUUACGGCUUAAAUUUCUAUUUGGAAAGUGAUUCUUUAUGAUCGAGCCUGUAUAGAGAAUACAGCGAAAUCAAACUGGUGAAUGGACAACGCUUUUUAAGGCUACGUAUGCGACAAAAAGGCGCUGCAUAACGGUGAGAAACGUAUCGUCAUAUGAGACUUAUAAUUUUCUACGUGCUUCAAGCGUUCAUGUUGCAAGGAUUCGCGUUACCGGCACAUGAAAGGUACGAUGACUAUACUGGUAACGAUACUGGUAACGCUUCUGAACGAAACAGCCGAGGGAAGCGGUCAAGCAAUAACGUCGACGACAAACCGACUAAUGUUAGAAACGUGCAACUUCAUCACGCCUAUUCGUAUUUUCUGCAAGUCACGAAAGAUCUCAAAGUUAAUGGGAUUAAAGACUUUUCAAAGAUCGACAACAUUUCAUUUCAACUGGAAAGGUAUGGCUCAAAUCGUGUUCGCCUCCUGCACGUAAAAAGUCAACGAUACAUUGCCAUCAAUUUUAAAGGCGUUGUCACAACGGAGGCUCAAAAAAGCGACAACUCGUUGUUUACAGAAAUCCACAGAAAAGGUCACGUCAUUCUUAAGCUGGCUAAACGAACAAAAAAGAAUGGAAAACCUUUGUUUUUAACCAUAAAAAGGAAUGGAAAAAUAAAAAAUGCUCUCCGAAGGACACAAUUGCGAAUGAAGUCAACGCAUUUCACGUAUUUAUUCCAAUGAUGAGCCAGCAUUGGUUUUCGGUUGAUGGCAUGGGCUAUAAAAUAUAUACUGCUGCGGGUAGAAUCUAUUGAGCCGUUCAGUGUCCGAAUGCUAUUAAAGAGAUGGUAUCGUCAGGUUUCUUAAGUUGAUUUUCAAAGAUUUAAGUGGACAUAGUAUUGAGUUAAGUUGGAUUAUUUAUGUGUUUAUACAAAAUCGCACCAUUUUUUGGUAUGAACAAUGAAAAAAGAAACUCCUUUACCUUAUACUAGGAAGGAUUUCUUCAGCCGGCUUUGGAAUAACUAUUGACCGACCAUGAAAAAUGUUCACCUAUAUAAUUUUCAAAACCAGAAUUUUCACGGUUUCAGUAUAGGCAUCGCGUAUGUAAAGAUCGAUUUGCAAGGAGCAAAUUUUUCAAUGGUAAAAUUUUCUUAUGUCAAUAUUGAGAUUAAUUUUUAACUGUAUAUAUAUAGUCAGUAUCACCGCUAAGAUGACUUUUGAAGAAAGCAUAGCGUUCGUGUACAUAAUUAAUAUAUUUGCAUCGUAAUAUACAUCAUAUUUAUUGCAUGUGUUAUCACAAAUACAAACUUAUUUAAUUAAAAUGUGAAGUUGGAAAGCUUAUCAUCAGAUUCUUCAUUUCAUCAUGCAAGACGAGUUUGAAAAAGACAGUGCUUCGAGGAUUGGCUGUAUCUUCUUGUUCUUCUUUGCAGUCCAAAAUAAUGGUCGUCAAAAUGCCUAAAUUUAUUGGCAAACUUCUAGGGGAAAUGCGACAAUUUUGUGCAAAGUAAUCUAUAGUGUGCGUGCAGAUAUGCAUAGUUGUAAGCACAACAUAAAUUCUAUUCUUUUUGGUGAGUAACUAAAGUCUAAAGUAGCAAAAUUAAACAGAAGAAAGCGUGUACAAGUUUCUGCGUUUUGCGCAUCUAUAUAGCUAUCAUUUUUUACGAAAGUUUAGCUUGUCGAAUCAGGGCUAAAGUAUCAAAGAGCAGUAGAGCAGUUUUGUAGACUUUGCACCAAUUAGAAUUUGAGAAGAAACAGAGACGAUUUAAUACACCAUCAACAAUAUCUAACACAAUCUUAAUUGACAACCACUGCAUCAAAAAAUGCAGUUUUCCUUAUAUAUAAAACAAGACAGUCUCACGUUGAAGCAACUUUUCCUUUCUAAAUGAUAAAAGAAAAGUACCAUCAAUGCAUAUCUUAAAUUCUUAACGUUUUAAUUUGUGACUUCUCCAUAUAAGGUCCGUCGUUACGUACGCAAGUAAAGGUUUGGGAAAGUUCAAAAUCCAAUGGUUUUCAAUUUUUGCAAAGUGUAAAUCCAUACAAAAGUACCGCCGAAGAAUAUACCUUUAGUUUUGAUGAUUCCACCUAUCGUCGGGUUUGUUCAUCCACUUUUUAUUUUCGAAAAUAAGUGAAUCUUUUCUAGCCCAAAUAUCUAAAGUAAAAUGCAUUACAUACUCAUUGUCGACGAUUAUGUGCAAGUAACUUUAUCAUUCCCUAAAAUGUUACGAUGAGGUCGAAUAACUUUUGAUUCUCUCUUUUUUAAUUAAAUUGAAAUGAAAAAAUAAGAAAAAUCCAAUUGGGAAUUUAGGAAAGAUAAGUACGCAGCAGCGUACAAUUUCUUGAUACAUGAAGGACGUUAUGUAAGAUAAACUAUUUUGUCUUUCCAAGAUGGCGGCCGAAACAGCCGCGGAUUUGUUCGCACGCCUUGGACAGAAAAAGUCUGUAGACGGUCUCGACAAGCAGCUUUUCGCCAGUUUGCCGCAUGGUGUGAAACUAAGAGAUGUGAUAGAAAUAUACGGCGAUGUGGGUUGCGGAAAAACGAAUAUACUGCUGCAUUUGACAGCAAACUGUAUUCUACCCUCUGCAUGGGAGGGAGUAUUUCUAGGAGGACGUGGGGUGAAGUUGAUCUUUGUCGAUAACGACUACCACUUUUCAUUACUUCGCCUCGUGGAAAUAUUGGAGGAGAGGGUUCGCGAGAGUUUCAUGCAACAGAACUGCACAAUACCAAGUGGUAUGGAGUCUUUCAUAAAAUCUUGCCUUUCGCGACUAAUUGUUGCGAAAUGCAAGUCAACAGAUCAAUUUUUGACGACUGUUGAGACUUUGAAUGAGAUCCUUCGACAAGAUGCGGACAUAUGCGUCAUGAUGAUCGACAGCGUUAGCGCCUUCUUCUUUUUGGACAGAAAUAUCGCGGGCAGCGGAUACAAAGCUCACGAAUGCUACCAAAGGAAACUAGUGCAGCUAGUACGGCGCUAUAUAGAUCAGUACAAUCUCGUCGUCUUGGCAACGGUGCCUGCCAUUUCUUCCAAAGAUAGCCGAAGCGUAACGAAAGUUGAGGAUUAUUCUUACAUGGGUAGAUCGUGGAGAAAUUUAGUCACGUAUGCGUUUGUUGUAUCACGUGAGGCAUCCACGUUCUCUAUGAAACUGGUCAAACCUGUUCCGAAACAAGCUGAUCUCGUUGUUGAAUUCAGCAUUGAGAAAACUGGUCUGAUGUUCUGAACUGUGACUGCGUCAAUGCAUCACAGUGUUCAUAAUUAAUUUUCGUUUAAGUGCUAUCAAAAUUGAACUUUGUAUUAUAAAUUGAAUUGAUAGUAUUUUCUGA